AUGAGCGAGAAUGUAUCAUUCAUGUUGAGUGAAAAAGGCAAACAACUACUAGUUUUGAAUAAUUUAAAAUUUUUUAAGCAUCAUACAUCUAAAAAAAAUGAAAUUACGUGGCGUUGUGUUAUAAAUAAGUGUAAUGCAAAAGUUUAUACUUUGGGUCAAAAUGCCCAAUUAAUUAAUACAGAUAAAUCGUGUUUUGAUCACAGCCAUGCAAGUGAUAGCACUUUAAAUCGGCAACAAAUAAGCAAUGCUUGCAAAAGAAAAGCUGUAGACUCUAUAGUUGAAAAACCGUCAAAAAUAAUACGAAAAGAAGUAUCAAAUUAUGCUAAAGAAGGAUAUUUGAUUGCACCCGACUUAUAA